UUGUCUUAAAGCUUUGGAGAAAACAAAUGCUUAAAAAGAACGCAGGGUGGCGCUGCAGCCUCAUAAGUAGAAGAAACCGGGACCAGCCAACUAUCCAGUAACCAGACGCUGAAGGGAGGAGGAAGGAGGGGAGGCCUUCUAAGGCAGCCUUUCCGGAAAGUCUUGGGACUGGGGAUUGUGGAUUUAUCCCAUUGUCUGCAAGAUAUUUGCAGAGCAAGUUAGUGACGACGUGAAUCACGGCUGGAGCGAGUUUGUUGGGAGACCAGAAGGCGAUGGAGGCUGCAGAGGAAAUGGAGCGAGUCCUGAAAAAAAGGCAAGUCCUGCUGUUCUUUGUUUUGCUGGGCAUAGCUCAGGCUGGGUCCACUCUUAGGCGCUACUCAGUGGAGGAGGAAGCGGAGAAUGGCUUUUUUGUGGCCAAUUUGUUAAAGGACCUGGGGCUAGAGGUAGAUGAACUUGCUGCGCGGGGACCACGAGUUAUUUCCAAAGGGAAAAAAUUGAACUUAGAGUUCAAUAGGCAGACCGGGGAUUUGUUAUUAAGGGAGAAACUGGACCGGGAGGAGCUGUGCGGCCCCGCCGAACCCUGUGUGGUACCUUUCCAGGUGUUACUGGGAAAUCCUUUGCAGAUUUUUCAGGCUGAGCUGCAGAUUAGGGACAUAAAUGAUCAUUCUCCCGUUUUUCUGGACAAAGAAAUAAUUUUGAAAAUUUCAGAAAUGACUGCUUCUGGAACCACUUUCCUAAUAGAACCGGCUCAAGAUAUAGAUGUAGGAAGCAACAGUCUCCAAACUUACACAAUCAGCCCCAAUUUCUAUUUUCAUCUUAAAUUGCAAGACAGUCCGGAUGGCACGGUAUUACCACAGCUGGUUCUGGACAGAGUGCUGGAUCGGGAGGAACAAUCUGAAAUCAGAUUAACACUCACAGCGAUAGAUGGUGGGAGUCCACCCAGGUCUGGCACCGCACUGGUCCUUAUUGAAGUCUUGGACAUCAAUGACAAUGUCCCCACAUUUUCAAAGUUUCGCUAUGAGGUCCAGGUCCCAGAGAACAGUCCUGUUGGAUCCCAGGUUGCUACAGUCUCUGCUAGGGAUUUAGACAUUGGGGACUACGGAAAAAUAGCUUACGCUUUUUCCCAAGCAACUGAAGACAUUCGGAAAACAUUUCGAAUGAAUGCAACAUCCGGAGAAAUCCUUUUAGCAAAGCUACUGGAUUUUGAAUCCAUCCAGACAUAUACAGUAUAUGUUCAGGCUACAGAUGGUGGGGGACUUUCUGGAAGUAGUGUGGUGUUUGUUCAAGUGAUGGAUUUGAAUGACAACCCACCAGAACUGACUAUGUCCACAUUUACCAAUCACAUCCCAGAAAACUCCCCGGAAACCAUAAUUGCUGUGUUCAGUGUUGCAGAUCCUGACUCUGGAGACAACGGAAAAAUGGUGUGCUCCAUCCCAGAGGAUCUUCCUUUUAUUCUAAAACCCUCAGUUGAGAACUUCUACACUCUUAUGACAAACACAGCCCUGGACCGGGAGACCAGAUCACAGUACAACAUCACCAUUACCAUCACUGAUCUAGGCACACCCAGGCUCACAACACAGCACACCAUAACAGUGCAGGUGUCCGAUGUCAAUGACAACGCCCCCGCCUUCACACAAACCCCUGGUCACCUGGUGGAUAUCAGCGGCACUGGGACCCUGUCCCAGAGCUACCAAUAUGAGGUGUGUCUGACUGGAGACUCUGGAACCACAGAUUUCAAGUUUCUGAAGCCUGUUAUUCCCAACUUCUUCCUUCAGAGUUCAGAGAGAAAGAAUGAUACAAACGCCAGUUGCAGGAAUAGUUUUGAAUUCAGUUAAAUAUUGAUGAGGAAAUACGGAGUCGAGUCUCAGCUAAAACGUUAAAGGCUUGAUUUUACUGCUUUGCCAACUGGAGUCUCUUUUCCUGUGAAAGUAACUAUCUUACUCUAAUCCUUUGCACGUCACUGGUAUUUCUAGAUAAGUAAGGUCUGUGGAAUAAGGAAUCUGAAUUUUGCUUUUAUUCCAAUUGUGAUUAGUCUUGUAGUUUUGUUUGACUUAAUGUGAGAGUAAAAUUUGUGUUUUCAGAAAUCCUUUUAUUUUUAGAUAGGACCUCACUAUGUAGUUCUGGCUGUCCUGGAACUCACUAUGUAGACCGGGCUGGUCUCCAACUCACAGAGAUCCACCUGUCUCUGCCUCCUGGAUUAAAGGUGCAUGGAUGGCACUGUCCCCUGCAGAAAUCUUUGAAGUUUGAGUUAGAGCAUCAUUACCCAAAUGUAACUUCUCCAGUUCUGGGUUAUUCUUAAGUGCUGUCUAAAAUGGUCUUCUCUCAUUAUUUGAGUGGUAACAAUUUGCAGCCCAGACUAUUUAUUUUCAUUUAUUCUCUUGUUAAUAUAACAUUUAUCUUGUGAUCUGACUUGAAACUCUUUACACUGGUGUGAAUAAUAUAAUAUUCUUUCCAUGUUUAUCUACACACAUAUUUUAAAGUAUCAGCAUGCAAAACUUAUGAUUCUUUAAAGAUUGUGGGAACCCUAAUUGUUGGAUUUCACAAAAUAUUCAAAUUGUAAAUGCAAAACAAACUCGAUCAAAAUUGUAUUUCUAUGAUUUUAAAAUUUUAAAAAUCUGAAAUAUAUAUGAUUUUUAAAUUUCCAUCUGUUCUAAAGGAUAUGACUAAAGGAUCCAUCUGUUCUAAAGGAUAUAGCUAAAGGAUGAUUUUCAAGGGCAUGAUAAUUUUUUAUGUUUUAUGUCGAAUAGUCUUUCAAAACUCUUGUGCUGAACUCAAUAUUUUUAAAUUUUUUCUUUUUGAGAAAAGAUCUCAUUGUGGUCUUGAACUUGUGACAGGUCCUCCCCCAUCCAGAGUGUUGGGAUUACAAGCAUUGCAUUAACAUUCCCAGUUAAUUAAACUACUCAGGACUUUAUUAUAAUUGAACUGUAUACAACAGAGUAUGCUUUUAUCUUUUCCCAACUUAGAAAAUUUGUAUGUAGCUUGGUGUUCCAUUCUAAAAAGUUUCCAUGGUAUUAAAGAUUCAAUUGGACAUAAGUCUGUGAGCAGUAUAUGUGGAUCCAUUAUAAUUUUUAUUAAUUUUCUGGAUGGACUUAUUCUAUUUCCCCCUCUUUAAUACCAUAGACUUUUCAAUGCCUUUGUAAAAUAAAGUUUGUGAUGGGCCAAUGAGAUGGUCGACAGACCUGACAACCUGAGUUCAUCCCCUGACCCACAUGAUGGGAGUAGAAAACCAAACUCCUCUGACUUAAACACACACACACACACACACACACACACACACACAAUUGUUUAAACACUUUAGUUUUUGAGUUAUGUUUAUGUGUAGCUCUCUUUUAUUUCAUAAUUAGCACAGUUACUUUUUAGGUUCUUAAUUUUUUUGACUGAUU